GUCUACGAAGCUGUUUGCUGCAACUUUUCAGAUUCUCGUACAAACGAAGUAAGUGAUUAAAACUUACUGCUAACUUUUUAGUUCCUUGAAGUCAAUCAGCAGAAACUACUCACGUUGACUGAUUUGCGGUCAUAGAUGUUGGCUUUCCUAGCAGAAUAACCUUGACCGGUUUGCUCAAAAUAGCCACUCUUUGUUCAAGCAAACAAAGUUGAUUCAGGUUGUGAGUCGAGGUCAUCCUUUACCUACGGAUGCCUUGUUUAUAGAGCCAUACAUGCGCGCGUAGACACAUCACAUGUACGUUUAUAAACAUUAUAUUGCGAUGACGAUGUUUAUUCUUUUCCUUUAGGCGCGACUUUUUUCGACUGCCUUAUUUGAUGCUCCCUAUUAAAUAUUUUGGGGUGUCUGUAAAACCCGGAACACUUUUACGAAGUUAUGAAUUUCACGUGCCCUGCAUUAUUAUUAAAUUGUGCUAUAAAAUGAGCCACUCUCUCUUGAUUGAAGUCUUCGAAACUUGCUGCAACUACGCUUUAACUUCAGAUUCUCAAACUAAACUAAGUGAUUACCACUUAUUGCUAACUUUUUAGGUCCUUGAAGUCAAUUAGCAGAAACUACUUUCGCGGACUGAUUUGCGGUCACUGAUAUUGGCUUUCGGCAGUGCAGAGCCGUCAUUCAUCAUUGACCAUGUUGACUAGUCAUUCUUUGUUCAAGCAAACAAAGCUGAUUCAGGUUGUAAGUUGCAGGCAUCCAUUAAAUUUCUUAAAAGUCUACUGACUCUUUUUAGCCUUUUCGCAGAACGUGAAAUGUCUUUGACAUAAUUUCAUUUUACAACUCCCUGAACUUAACGACUUUCCCGUUCCCUGCAUCAUUAUUGAAUAGAGAGGAGAAGUAACGUCACGUUUCCAUGCAUGGUAGCAACAUUUCUGGAUCACAAAAGUGGGGAACUUAAGCAACAACGACGGCGACGGCAACUAGAACGACUAAAAAGCAAUCGGUCUAUUUUAGCAAAGCAACAAUCGCGCUUUUUUUUUGUACAUUUCUUAGCCGUCGUUUGCAACUUGAAACUUCCUAAUUUCACGCAAACACUUUAGUGGAGUUGGUGAACACAACACAAGAAUUUUCUUUUUCUUAAACUAAACUCGGAUACGGUCCUUUCGGAUUCAACACCAAACAAUUUCGCCAAGAUUUUACAAAUUAAAUGAAACUGAAUAAGAUCGAUCGAUGAAGUUCGAAUCAGUGCGAAUUCACUUUUUAAGUGACGCUUUCGCAUUGUUGUCAUCUGGAAAUUAUGCUAUCAUGGCAACGUGACGUAACGCCUUCUCCUCUCUAUUGUGCUAUAAAAUGGGCCACUCAACUCCUAAUUGCUUUUAGCUUACGGAGCUGCUUGCUGCAACUAUACUUAUCAGAUUCUCACCAACUGAGAAGCUGCAAUACGUAAGUACUCAGAAAGAAAACCUCAGGUUGUCAAACAACAGCUUUGGCAGUUAAGAGAUGUUUGCAGAUCUUUAAAUAAUCUAAUUUUGUAGACCAAAGAAACAGUCCACGAACAAAUGUUUUACUCUCUAUUAUUGUGCGUGGAUUUUCAAAUCUGUUUAUACAGAUUUUGUUCAAGUCUUUUCACCAUAUGUUUUGUUCCACUCUAAAUCUUUGUCAUAUUGUACAUUGAGGCCAUUCUGUUUGAUUUAUUCAAUUUUCAUGCAGGGCUGCGAACUACGAUCAAAUUUUAACAGUUCUUCCGCUUAGCAUUGCCCCGGGGGGUUACUCCUAGGAAUUCUGUCAUUUUCCGCACCCGUUUUCAGACCAGUCCUCUAAAAUCCAUACCUGUUUUCAGACCUGGCCUUUAGGCAGAAAUUAUGUUAUCAUUACUUAGAUUAGAGCGCAAACAAACAAAUUCAUCAAAUCAAAUCGAAUUCGCAUAUUUCUCUCUCUUUCUUACUCAUUUGGAAUUGCAACGGAUAAAUUAUUCGAUCAUACACUCCUGUAUUUCCCCCGAAAACCAUACCCGAUUCCAGACCAAAAUGGCCAAAGUGUAUACUCGUUUUCAGACCAAAACGGCGCAAAAACCCUACCCGAUGGGGCGGCACAUACCUAUAUAGCUUAUAUAAGGGAGUACCCCACCCCUGGGGUAUUGCUUUGUAGCCCUCGUAGGUCUUCGACGAGAAUGUUUUUACUAUAAACAAUGCGUUUUGUCGUCAGUUAUCACGACGAUAUCGGAAAAUAAUUUCUUUGUUUCACGUAUCACGACUGCCGUGUCGUUCACAGUUCACGGGAUUUUAAAUUUUCUUUAAAAUCACAAGUCCUGGCAUGGCAAAUAAAAACUUGACACUUUACGGGAAACCCCUUAAUCAAAAACAAAACUAUAUUCCGCAUUCCAAGAAACUAAUCCUUACGUCAUAUGUCAUGCCACCAAUCAGUUGUGAAUUUAACUGAUCUUGAGUUAUCUCGCUUUUUAUCAGUCCUCGUUGGGAAUUUCUCAGACGGACUUCUGACUUAAAAAACUUCUAGACAACAUGUCUACCCAGGUUGAAGUUGGUGGAUGGAGCGACCUGAAAGUGGCCGAUGGAAAGGUUCAAAAGAUUUGCGACCAGGUAUUAGUUUAAGCUGUAGCAUAAUGUGGUACCCUCCUCACGUAAACUUUUUUUUUUUUGUAACAUCUAUAAUCUAUUAUUGCCCUUCUCGACUUAACUUCGAAAUGCCUUGUUUCCCCGAUAACAUUAUUCUGUUUUGGCUUAACACCCAAACCAGAAAAAAAAUCGAAAUCAAACACUUUUAUCAAUAUGAAUGUCAGAAGCUGUCUUUUUCAUUGCUAUUGUUUAUCCUCCCACUUUACAAUUCGUUACUAUUUCAUUUAUCCUCAAAAAUGCAACAUCUUCCUGUAUUUUUUACAUUUACUUGGCUAAACCUCCAAGUAAAGCACAUGUAAGUAACAGCAGCUCAAACACUAUGAUCGUCAAGAUAUUCUUUUGUACUGUAGGAUGGUCAAUAAAAUUGGCUAAAAAUAUAAUAAUAAUAAUAAUAAUAAUAACAACAAUAAUAAUUUAUUCACUUAAUAUAGCGCUUUUUAACAUUAAAAUGAUCAAAAGCACUUUACAUGAAUUUAAAAAUAUAUAUAAAAAUACAAUAACUAUAAUGAAUUAUAUGAAAUAUCUGUAAAGCCUAAUAUAUAGUUUUAGCUAGGGCUAAAAGCGAAGCUCCAAUUAAUAAAUCUAUAAUUUAAGUCAAACAAUAAACUUGUAAUCCACAAAUCAGUUAACUUAAGGGCACAUUCAUGUGAGUUUUGAGGGAAAGGCUAAGGUAUUUUAGAGUGAAACAUCUUACAUCGAGUUGAUAGCCUUAUAUGUACACCCCAAAAAUAGCAAACAUCUUCGAUGUCACAAGAGCCAUAAUGGCUCUUGAUCACAGUAGAUUUGGCCUGGAAAACAAAUUCUUGGAAAACAAAUCAGGCCGAAUUUUUUUGCAAAUUUUUUUACUUUACAAAUUCUUGCAAACCUCACAACUGAGCUGAAACAGUACUAUUUAUCACACAGACCUCGGACAGAAUGCGGUAUUUCAUAAUUUUUCGAGACAAAUUGUACUCAGUCAAUAUUCAGGACGAUCAAUCGUGGGCUUUUAGCGAAACCGUUCAAAAAACUUCCAAAAUCACCCAUACGGCCAGCCGGUUCUCAUUUCUAGUGCGAGCUGUCAGUGUGGUCGAGUGUUUGAAUGAACUUUAAUAGAGUUACGCUUCAACAUAAUAAAGAAUUUAUUAUUUAACAAUUAAUGAAUGAGGCUGAGUAUCUUAUGAAGAAUUAUCGAGGAGGGUGUUAUACGGCCUCGAUGGAUAACACCCUCCGAGAUAUCCAUAAUUUUUCAUAUGAUACGGAAGCCGAAUUCAAUAAUUGUUUUAUUAUUCAUUCAAAAUAAUUCCUAGUUUAAAAUUAUGUCUAAAACAUGCUUACCUCCAUCGAUCCAUCGAUGUUACGUUCAUCUUCGAUAGUGCACGUUUAGGGUUGUUCAGCUUCGCAAAUAUUCUCCAAAUUGCUGGUUUUCAGUGUCACGCGAUUCAAAAUAGAUCAAAAUAAAAAUCAAAACCGUUCAAUAGGUAAAGUCCAGAAUCUGGGAAAUGAAAGGAGGUACAUAUACAAAGACCCUCGCCAAGAUUCAGGUCAGCGGUAUAUUUCGUAUACGAGAUAUCCGAACAAAUGUUUUACCCAAAUUUAUAGAGAUUUGUAUGGAGACGCCAUGCUGGUGCUCACCAAGAGCCUAUCAAUUUGAUGGGCUCCUGUGCUCACCUAUUUUUUGUAUCUUCAAAGCAAAAUAACGGUCCUAGGAUCAUCUCGGAAUAAAAUGAAGUUAUUCUUUUGAGAAGUUUUAACAUUUGGUACUUCUACUAUUUAUAAAGUAAUCCAUUUCUAAUACUAUUUUACGCAUAGAAAUGUCAAUAGUCAAUUUAAAAAUAAUCUUUGUGAAAAAGCAAAAGCAGACACGCGGACUCGCAACUCAAGACACAAAAAUGGCCGUUUUCACACUAGAGACGGAUUAUUCGUGGGAGGUGGGUUAUUCGUUUGAAAAUUCGCGUCAGAUAGGUAAUACUUCUUAAUUUGAAAUGGAAAGGGUUUUAAUUUUGAAUGAACAAUCCACCUGACUUUAUCCGUCAAUUUUGACGGACAGUUUGAAGCUGGAUUAUCCGUUUCUGAUAGCCUGUGUACAGCCGCCCCCUCCCCUCAGAAAAAUCGGGAAAGGGGUGUCUGUGGGGGAGGGGGCGACUGUGCACAAGCCAGUCUCACAAGGAUAAUCCAUUUCUAGCUCUAGUUUGAAAACGGCCAAUAACAAAAUUCCCUUGUCCCGUUUUUUUAAUGAUAGUGAAGGACUGUACAGAAAGACUGUCAGCCGUUGCCUUGUCCAUAGGCCUCGUUAUUCCGCGCGGCUAAUGCGUUUCGGGUCACGUGGUCCCAGCGAGUUUUUUUUCUCAGAUACGCCACCGACAUGCCUUCACCGAGAUUGCGUGGGAAGACGCCGAACAGGGACUAGGCAUGGCAAUGUCUACCUUAGCGUCAGAGAAAAACAGGGAAUUGUUGUUUAUCGGCAACGUGUUUUACAAACAGUGACAUCUCUGGGUGUUGUUUCACUAGUAUUUCGAGGGCACGACCUCCUGAAAAUCGCAAAUUUUAAUCCCCAGCAAGAAGCCAGAUUUUCGCUAUGCAAAAAAUUAGUUCCUCGAAAGAGCAGCGGAAAUGGAGUCUAGGUCUAGGUCACAACUUGAGGCGCUUAGCCUAACGUGCGCGCGGAGUCAAAGUAGCCGGAAAAUAAACAACGCAUAAAUGAGUUUAGCACCUUCCUUAAAAUUAACAAAUCUAGGGAACAAUUUCUUUUACGGUUAACUUUUUUACCCUAUUUACGGCUAACGGUUAAAAUUUUUCAAUUUCUACGGCUAUCGAAUAAAUUUUUGGCCGCUUUACGCCUAUCGGUUAACCCCAUUAAAAUUCUCAAUUAAAUACACACACAAAAAUAGUGAAUCUGCCAUAAAACGUCGAUUCCUCAAUUCACGGGAGUUUAAAUUCACUUGCUUUCGAACUCUUCGCCUUGCAACAAUGUGGCUUCCUACACGAAACAGGAUUUCCUUGCUAUAAGUUUUUUAUGUCCCUUUUUUAUCGACUGUCGAGUAAUCUUUUUGAAUCGUUUUUGGCGAAACGUGAUCAACAUAGCGCGUCAUUUCAACAUCGCCGAAAAUAAACCGCAUGAUCAUCACAAGACUCAUUUGCAUACACUGAAAGUUUACAUAACUUCUCCAUCGAAAUUUUUUUCUCCUUUAUUUCAACCACUGAAGUAUUCACUUGUUCCAAAAUAAUCGACACUUUCAAGCGAUAGAAUUCGUAGACCGACCCGUUCCGGAAAAGCUCUGCAUCAUUCGCAUUAAUCUUCACUGCAUGGCUUUUGUCACGCAGAGAUACUUAUCCCCAGUUUCCACGGUCUAUGCUACGAACGCCUCGGACUAUGACCCCCCUUAGAGGGCCCAAACACGAAAGAAAAAAAAGAAGAAACGCUUGCAUUUUCUGAGUCUCCCCGCUAAAGCAAGCGAGACUAAAAAGGCAAAAAUGUGAGUAGAAGGCUUUCUAAUAUAGCCGGAAUAUUCAAUUAUUGUAAAUCGGUAGAUGAUACUAUCAGAGAAGAGGUGAAGGGACGUAUAGUUAGGGUGCAUAUGACUCGGACUUAACGGUAUUUAGUUUUUCGCACCUCUUUACUAACAGGGUGAAAAAUAACUUCAACUUGUCUCUCGGACAGGUGAAGUCCAAAGCAGAGGAAAUGGCACACCAAGACUUUCCAAUAUUUGAAUCCAUGUCAUAUAGAAGUCAACUUGUGCAAGGAACAAAUUACCUCAUUAAGGUUAGUCAAGAACGUUCCCAGUAACAAUGUACGCCGGCUGUGCAGUCGGUCCCACUUCACGAAGGAGGCGGGUUAGAGGAAAGGGGGAGCCAAUUAUUAUUUAAUUGCAUAAUGACUCCUGUUAUGAAGUUAAUUCAAGCGUAAUCUGUUUCCAUAAUCACUGAUAUUUUCAUAACACGGCUUUCCAGUCAAUUGGUCUUGCUCAUGAAUGUGAAGUGCAUAAAACUCAUAAGUAAUAUUGAAUCAAAAUUCGACAAUCAAAGAAAAGAAAUAUGGUUUAUAUUGUUUAUUUGCGUCUUCUGGGCCUCGCAAGUAAGUUGAAUUUUUCCAACAAUCUGUUUCAUACUUGACUCACACAUUCACAUAAAUAUAUGUUGUGGUUCAGUUUUAUCCUUGGUUUAAAUUUUAUUUCCUUUUGUUUUAAACUCAUUAUCAUACGUUACCAUACCCAAAAACAAAGGAAAAUAAAACUUGAACCAAGGAUAAAAUUGAACCACAACAUACUGUAUACAAGAUAUGGUCUAAUAGCGCUGACCCGCGGAGUAUAACUAAGAUAGUACACGCGCUCUGAUUGGCUGAGAGGAGUGUUUGCAUGAGAGUAUGUCAACAUGGUUGUGGCGUCAAGAUGUUUUGCUUUUUGCGCGCCCCGGGGGUACUUGGGUUAAUGUUUGCUGGGUAUGUGCCGCUGGCCUCUCAGAGCUCCCACCCCAUUUUAGUCUAUUUUUUGGCCAAUUAUAGACCCCAUCUUAGUCACUUUUUUAUUGUUCAAUUUAAUAAACAACUUUCUGAUCUUUUUAACUGAGAAUCUUCCCAUUUUGUUUCCCUACUUACCCCCAAAAUUCGAGAAUUUGCGACCUCAUUCUAGUAACUCUAUUGAAAAUGCGACCCCAUUAUAGUCACUCCAGUCGUGAAAAUGCGACCCCAUCCAGCGGCACAUCCCCAUUAGGCUCUUGUAAGGGAGUACCCCCCCCCCCGGGUUGCGCGCUAAUCACGCAAGCAUGAAUUUGAAAGAGUUUUUAAGUUCAAAACUCGACAAGUGUACUUUAUUUACCCAUUCCUUCAUCGGCUGAAACUUGGAAAAUCUUUGCAAAGAAAGUGUGUCAAUCUUUUUUCGCUUAAGCUGACAUUUUAAGCGAGAAAAGUCCGUAUUUUGGAAAGCAUCUUUUUGCAAAACAAGAACUGAUUACGCGUGCAAGACUUCGUGGACAAGACUUUGCCUUUUUCCUGUGUUUGCAUAGCCUGAUAUGCCGAGGCGUUGGGAGAAUUCUCGACAGUUAUACAAACCCUCGACUUCGUCUCGGGUUUGCAUAACUGUCUCGAAUUCUCCCAACCCCUCUCGUGUUUAUAUCAAAUAACAUAGCGCGCGUGCUUACCUUUAUAUAAGUCCUAUUGCGCCGCUAUGAACAAAUUCUUUAUUUACGCACGCCCGUGCGUAAAUAAAGAUCUUUUUCAUGAUGACGUGUUCAGCUGUGUUUUGUCGUCUCUUUUCCUAAGUAACCAAAAAUCGACGGCAAUGAUGAAAAACUUCCUAGAUUUGUUUUGAAAUUUAGCUUCGUUCUAGCCACUUAAACCAACAGCAAAAGCGGUGAAGAUGUUUCGCAAAUAAUAGGGCCUGAAUGAUUCGUUGAAAAGUCUGCCUUAAAGGCUGACAUUUAAGUGGGAAAAGACCAGAAACUGGUCUGUGUCGGAAAAUAUCCAAUUUGUAUAAAGUGUCCUCCGUUUCUAACGUUUGUUUAUCCUUUACAAAACAAUUUAAUUAUAAAGUAGGCUUAGUAACGAAAACUUUUGCACUUUUGUUAUCGCCAAACAAUCCACUGAAGCAGGAAAAUUUCUACUGCAAGAAGCCGUAAUGACCAGCUAAUGUUCGUAAAUGAAUGUAAGUUUAAAGAAGGAUGACAUUCGUCUUCCCUAAAAAACAUGUUUUUUGGAUUUCGCCGAGCAAAACGUAAACAUCUUUUCAGCAUAUCCAAACCAUACUCCACGAGUUCUUCCGAACAUGUGAGUAUUUUAACUUCAGUUAAACUUUAAGACUCUUUUUACUGUUUCUGCUUAGUUUCCGUUGAUCGUUAACGAAUAAAGAAGCAAAUUUUCUUUCUCAGUUUUACAGAAAGGAUUUUCAUUCAAACUAGACGAUUGUGGCGUGUUUGUAAUCAGCCAAUAGAAGCGUUUGUUAUUGUGUCGCGCGUUACGAGAAUUUUGCAGUUAAUUAAAAAGAAAGCAUUUUUGUCAGCUACUUGUGUUAUAAAAGAAUUUGCUCAUGCUUUUAGCUGUGCGUAUAUCGAGUUAUGGAUGCACUUGGGAAGCUUGAAGAGCACUCAAGAAGCUAGAGUUGCACUCGGCUAUCGCUUCGUGCAACUCUUAAGCGUCUUUCGUGCUCUCCAAACUUCCCGCGUGCAUCCAUAACUCGAUAUACGCACGCUAAGCAGGAACAAAUAUUUACAUUUAUUCAAAUGCGCCACUUGCACGUCUCCCAUAAUGCACCUUAUUUCCCCCCCCCCUCAACGCCCCCCUCCCCCUAAAAAUUGCAUAACCUUUGUUUUUCGUUUCUCACGGGUAUUUCUGCCGUCCCAAGAGAAACUGAAAACAAUGCUUCUGCAAAAUAUUGGGGGGCAAAUAAGGUACGAAUUCAUUAUGGCAAAUGUGCAAGUGGCGUAUGCAUAUACGUUAACAAAGUUAAUAAGUUAGCGAAUCCCUUGAGCAUUUUUUCAUUAUGUGUUCUGUUCGGACUUUAUCAGUUAGAUGUAAUGAACUGGACAUAAUCUUAAGGGAAAUUUCAAACAGCGAUUAUGCCUUUUGGACUUUAGCAAAGAAAAGAAGAUUACAUGUUCAUAAUCACACGCAAGCAACAUAUUUAUGAAUGUCGUUAAAAUGCACCUAUCCUUUCUCUAAGAUCUUUAAAUAAAGUCAUUUAUGUUCACGGGUUAACAUAGUAGCCGACCAUGAAUGUUAAUGGAAAAAGUUUCAGUUAUUCUGCUGUAUUUGAAAUACACCGUUGUAUUAUUAAUAUUAUUAUUUUGUAAUCAUAGUAGUACCUUUUUUCAUCGUAUUAGCAUUGAAUGUAGGUAGUGUCAUUUGCUUUGAAAUAGUGAACUUGUAGUAGGUUCUUUAUGUUAUAGAUGUGAUAGCGUACAUGCAUUAUGUAAGUAUUACAAUGUAUGUAAUCAAUAAAAUAUCUAUUUUUUUUAAACCGUUAUAUUUCUAUGCAACUGGUCCAUGAUCCACCCACACAGUCAACUCUCACUUUAGACGUCACCGUUGCAACUAGCAUCAGAGACUUACCGAUGAUCCGAACGAGAACCUCAAAAAAAAAAAACACUAGAACGCUCUAAAAGCGUUUAAGUCUCGCUUGUUUGAGAUAGAUAAGAAGUGGGGAGGCGAUUUAUUCUACACGAAACAGUAUUUCCUUGCCAAUUUUUUUCACUUCCUUCUUUAUCGACGGUUGAGUAUUCUUUGGAGUGGGGGGCGGGGGGGGAGGGGCGGUCUCCAGUCAGUUAAGGGUAGCUGUGUCUUGAGAAGGUUUUAAGAAAAAAUUUUCAUGGUUGUAUAACUUAUAGAUAAACUGCUCAGUUUUGACUCAGCUACCAUAUCUUUUUAUAACGACAGUGUAAAAUUAUUUUAAUAUUCGAUUCUAUGUUUUAUAGAAGGUCACAACUUUGUCAGUUUUAUUAUAACUGUCACGUGUUUACCCUCUAUAAAUAAAGGCGUUACCUUACCUUACCUAGCGCUAAGCCGGGAUUAAAUUUUAAUCUGGGUUUCUUAUUUUUCUGUUCAAAAGUAUUUUCUGGGAUAAUUUUCUCUUUUAUUUAAGGAGCAUCAAAUCACUACAUUGCAGGCAAAAAGAAUUAAUCUGAAUUUACUUUUUAAGCUUUCGUAUUUGAAUUUAAACUUCGCACUAACCAUGGGUUAUCUUAACCCUGCUUUGAACAUGUUGAACAACCCGGCUAAAAUAAGGGUUCGCCUACCUUUCAUAAAGUAUUGUGGGUAGUAAUGAUCGCGAUAAGGACUGGAAGAACGUAAUUUCACUUUUUAAGCAACGUUUUCUGCUAUCCCGUCAUCGGAUCCUAAAAAAAGUCCUUGCUAACUGUCCGUCUUAUAGCUGUGUAUACCUUGCAGAGUGUCUGCGAGAACACAACUGAAAAAUGGCAAAGGCCAACUCAACCCUAAAGGUUCGCUAAUAGAGAGUUGCUUGUAUGCCUUGCUCAAGGGUAGGUCUUUAAAACUGUUUAAAUAUUUUACCUACAGGUUUUUGUUAACAAUCCCAGGCAUCAUCCCUACGUUCUUUUGCGCGUGUGGCAGUCUCUGGAAUCAACCGUGGAAUUGAUUGCUAUCAAGACAGGAAUGACCAAGGACGAUCCCAUAGACCCUUCCAAGUUUUAGGUCAAGACAAAAUUCAACCUCGCCCCCCAGAGUUUUUUACUCGUUAACUGCGUCAUGCUACGUCAUUAAUGGUGCAGUUGACGAAAAACUCCGUUCCCGGGGUCCUUUUUUUCGUCUUCUGUGUCACGACUCAAGAGUGACGUAAGACGACGGAAGAGAGGCCCUGGGAACAAGGCUGGCUCACGAAAGAAAUACGUUGGGAACGAGGUUGGACAAAAUUAUCAUUGAGUAGUGAUGUAAGCAUUUUGCCACAAUGGUUAAAUUAAACGUAAGAAACC